GAAGAGUCACUGUCUGUUCAAAGUGAUACUGAAUCAAUUAAAGAAGUUAAAAAAGAACCACUUGCUAAAGAGUUGAUUGUAUUGAGCUCUCAGUUUAAUGAAAUAAAAGAAGGGAACAAAGAAAUGUCCAAAAAAUUAUCAGAAAUGAAGGUUGAGUAUUUGAGAUCACUUUCUAGUAAUAUUGAUUCAGCUGCUAGCAAAGUGAGAAGAGAAAUGUCUCUUGAAAUUGAUGAGUGCAAAUGCUGUCUUGAAGCAAUGACAAGACCAGACUAUCAGCCAUUAGUAGAUAAUAAAAGAAUAAUAGAGAAAUUACAAGAAGAAAUAACAUUAGCAAAUAUGGAACUAAUUACUGCAAGGAGGCACAAUAAGAAGAUCAUAAAAGAGAUUGAAGAUUUUGAAGAUGAUGAUUCUGAAGUUGAAGAGGUUGAGUAUGAUAGUCUAAGUGAUGAAGAGGAUCAAAUGUGUACAUUCUUAUUAUAUUGUAAUCAUCCUGUUACUGGUGAAUUAACUAGUAAAUUAUUUCAAGUACAUAAAGAUGAAUUACUACUUACAGUACUGGAUACAGCUUAUCAUUUGAUGGAAUUAGAUCCUCAUUUUCCUUUUGAGAGAUGUCGUUUAUUAUUAACAAAAAUCAAACAAGUGAGCCGUCAUUUUUGUGAUUUUAAAAAGGUGUGA